UCUGUGUGUGUGUGUGAUCAUUUCUGACCUGCAUCCUCAUUUCCAGCCCCUGUCCACAUACUUACGGCAUCACUCCCACCACUGAGAGUCUUCAGCCUUCGACCAGGGCGGUGGCACCACAGAGCCCGUAAACACCUGAUCCACCAGCAGAUCAAACAGAGCAGCCAGCGGGACCCCCACUCUUGCCGUUUCAAUCCCACAAUCCUCCGGUGCAGACCCCAGACCUUCACGCGCCCGGAUUGAUUUAUUCCUUUAUUUAUUAUCGAGGGGGGGGGGAGGAGGUCGACGGCUCCGGGAUCAUGGAGCUCAGCUGCUGAGACGCCGCUCACACACACUCCGCUCACCCGGCUGGAUGUGUGUGUCCCUCGCCCUGGUCCAGAGCCGAGAACACCACGGCGGCCUCCCGGACCCCAGCCGAGAUGCCCACCGAGACGCUCCCGCCAGAUAGCAAGGCGUUGGGCGUGGGUGGCGCCGUGGCCUCGGCCGUGCCCCUUCGGAUCCUCAACAAGGGUCCCGAGUACUUCCGGCGCGCCGCCGAGCCCAACCCGAAACGCCUGAGCGCCGUCGAGAGGCUCGAGGCCGACAAGGCCAAGUACGUCAAGAGCCAGGAGGUCAUCAACGCCAAGCAGGAACCCGUGAAGCCGCAGGUCCUGCCCAAACGCAGCCCGGGCGUCGGCUCCGCCCUGAAAGCAUCCAACAAUAACGCCAAGUCGGACACCUGCGCCAGCACCAAGCGCGAGAACCUCAACCUGGAGAUCCUUAAGAACCUUCUCAACAGCUCCUCAGCUGAAGGACCCUCGAAAAGCUCCGUCGCUCGGAGUUGGGCGCCCGAAUCCGGGCAUCGCUCCUUCCCAGAGUCGCUAAACGUCCCCGCUGCCGCUUUUCACGGGCGCAGAAGCCCUCAGAACCUGAACCUGAGUCUGGGAUUUAUGGAGAACCUCGGGGCGGAGGGGGAGCGUUUACCGCUCCACGUGUCUCACAGCUCUUCUGAUAUCCGCCGCCUGUGUAACGGGAAGUCAUUCCGUACGGUGCGCAGCAGCAGCAGCAGUUCGGCCCCGCCUCUCCCGCCCAAACCCAGCGCCAAGGCCCUGGGCAUCCCGGACAAACCGAAAUUCCAGCUCGAAACGGAGCGCCGGCCCUCGCUGCACCGCUCCAAAUCGGACCUGAGCGACCGGCUGGCUCGGUCCGGCGCAGACGCCGAGAGGUUCUUCAACUACUGCGGCCUGGAGCCGGACGAGCUGGAGGGACUGGUGGAGGGGUUCGGGCGCGCCAGCUCCGACAUCGUGUCUCUGAACUUUCGCAGCGCCAGCAUGAUCAGCUCGGACUGCGGCCACUCCAGACACACGGACAACGACGACCUGUCCAACGAGGACGAGGACGACGAGCGCGUUCCCUACGGGAUCUCGGCGGUCGAGCGCAACGCUCGCGUCAUCAAGUGGCUCUACAGCAUAAAGCAGGCGCGCGAGUCGCAGAAGGUCUCGCACGUUUGAGGUCGGCGAGGGAGCGGGCGCUCUGGCUGGCGCACGGGCGGGCAGAGACGCACCGGUCUGAGUUAUUAAGGUUAAAUUCAUAUGUUAUUGUCGUUUUUAACAGGCUCACAUUGAGGCUCAUGGGUACGUGGGGACGAUCUGUUAGCGCUUUUCCACCAAAAGAACUCCGGUUCUUACAACCUUGGUGCUUUUUAGAGAACCAGUCCUGUUUCCUCUAGUUUUUGGGAACCAAGGAUGCGUCACCAACAGAGGGCGCUGUAGAUUACCUGUGAGGAUUUGUGCUGCUUUUAUGCAAGAAGCAUUACGUAACUAUUAGUGAUUAAAAAAACAUAUAAAGGCCAGUGUUGCUUUCUUUAGCUCGUUCACAGUGCAAACUGCUGCUUUGCAACACUUUUGUGUAGAAUAAGCGUCAGAUCCAGGGUUACAGCUCCACGUGUAUCUGUGUUUAUCUGGAUUCUCCUCCCUGUUUCACUUUUAAACUUGUGUUACAGCUCCAGCUUCUGAGAAAUGGUGAGAAUCAGAAUCAGCUUCUCCCAGAGUCUAAAACGCUUCUGCAAACGCUACUGCACACGUGUCAGAGGGGGCGUGUGUCAGUCUCGGCUCUCCUCAACCAGGGUGGAGGACAACAUCAGUAGAGAGGAAGCAUAACGCAAUAGGGUGAUUGGAUACGACUAGAU